AUGGCCCCAGUGGAAACCCCGAACAAAGCCGCACUCUUGGCUUCCAAAGUGACAGAACUUAAGGCGCCUUGCUUGCAAAACAGUCUGCCGGUUUCCGGGAACAAGGGCGAGCUCGUCAACCGCCUGAUGGCCCACUUCCAGGCCGUCCAGACCUCCUCGACCCCCCAGCCUACGCCGAGCAAGGACCUCACCCUCUCCUCCAACCCGCCCGGCCCAUCGACCUCUGCCGGAGACGCGCCCCCCGCAUCCACCCCUGCUGUCCCCCCUGCAACGAGCGUCGCCAAGCCCCUCGAGCCAGUCACCAACACCACCAACAACACGCACCCUGCGCAGGUUGCAGCAAGCUCGACUGAGGGUGAGAAGGAGAAGACGGCGGAGGCCGAGCGCAAGAAGCGGAGACAACGCGCGGCGCGCUUCGGCCUCGAAGACCCCGGCGCCAACCCACCGACGACGACGACGGUGGCGGCGGCGGCUCCGGACGAGCUCAAGAAGCAGCUCCGCGCCAAGCGCUUCGGCAUCCCGCUCCCCGUCGCGCUCGACAAGCCGCUCGCCGACGGAAAACAGGCCACCUCGAUCGCCCGAACGUGGCGUGGGGGUGGCGACGAUGGCGACGAUCUUCUUUUUCAACCAAUGGCUUCAACACUUUCACCCCACCCGCACCAACCAAUACAGCGGGCUUUGGUACGAUCAAUUGACACAUCAGUCCUCGAGCCCAAUCACUUGAGUUGGGUCGACCUACCUUCGGAUCCGGAUCUUAAUUAA